GGCGUAGGGAGCGCUCUGCUUCUUAACGUAACUUGGCCUUUGUGAGCGAUUAGGUUGCGAACCGGCACUUUCCGAUUCGUUCUAAGAGGAAGUUGAAGUUCAUAGGUGACUUCCCUUCCAAUAGUCUCUCCAGCUCUGUUUGUGGAUCUUCCGCCAUUGCUUCUCGUCUCUAAGCUUCCGAGCCGUUUCGUUUUCGUUUUCACUGUUGUUGCCGGACGAGUGCGGCAGAAGAGCAGGCACUUGCUUUUUGCUCCUUUCUCCUGUUCUUCUGAGUUGAUUUUCUUGAUUAUGCGUCUUCGAGAGAGGCGGCAAAAGUGGGAAGGAGAGAAGAGAGGCCGCAUGCAUGGGGAGCAUUUGCUGGCCUUACUUUGAUCCCGAGUAUGACACACUCAGCCAGAGAAUCAAUCCGCCGAGCAGGGUAUCCAUUGACAACGCGACAUGCGGCGAUUGCACCCUAGUCAAGGUUGACAGCGUUAACAAGCCUGGGAUACUGUUGGAAGUGGUUCAGGUGCUCACCGACCUUGAUCUUGUCAUCUCAAAAGCCUACAUUAGCUCUGACGGGGGAUGGUUCAUGGACGUUUUUCAUGUUACGGACAAGAAGGGGAACAAAGUGACCGAGUCCAAGACAAUCGAACAAAUAGAGAAGGCACUUGGGGCAAAUGGAUCCCUCAACACCCUGGGUCUGCAAGCCCUUCAGGGCGAGUACACAGCCUUCGAGCUCAUGGGCAACGACCGGCCCGGCCUGCUCUCCGAGAUCUCGGCCGUGCUGACCCAAAACCACUGCAAUGUGGCGGCCGCGGAGGUCUGGACCCACAAGACCCGCGUUGCCUGCAUCAUCUACGUCACCGACGGUGCGACCUCGGGGAGGGUUGACGACCCAGCCCGGCUCGCAGAUAUCGAGAGCCAGCUCCGGAACGUGCUUCGCGGCCGGAACGGGAGCGCAUGGACAAGCAUCGUGACGGACCUGACCCACGCCGACCGGAGGCUGCACCAGAUAAUGUCCUGUGCCUCGGCAGGGGGCGACGUUGAUGUGCCGGAAGAGGCCUGCCACGUCGAGGUCCCUCGGCCACAGAUCACCGUCGAGAACUGCAACAAGUACUCCGUGGUCAAUGUCAAGUGCAAGGAUAGGCCCAAGCUGGUGUUCGACACGGUUUAUGCGCUCACCGAGAUGAAGUGUUCUGUUUUCCAUGCCUCUGUUGCCAUGGACGGACCUUAUGCUGUUCAGGAGUAUUAUAUCCGUCAUAUGGACGGCUGCACUCUCGACACAGAGGCUGCAAAGAAGCAAGUCAUCAAUGGCCUCGAGGCCGCCAUUCUUCGCAGAGUGUCCGAUUGUGUGAGCCUGGAACUAAGUGGUAGAGAUCGAAUCGGGCUGUUGUCGGAGGUGACUCGAGUUCUGCGCGAAAACGGCCUGUCGGUAAUGCGAGCCAAGGUGACAACAGGAGGGGGCAAAGCUGUGAACGUCUUCUAUGUCCAAGACACAUCAGGGAACCCUGUGGACAUGAAGACCAUUGAAUCUCUGCGCAGGGAGAUGGGGCAGAACAUGAUGUUCAAUGUUAAGUCUGCUUCAGACUCAGAUAGGCCUCAGCAACCUGUGCGAACUACCAAAUUCAGCUUCUCUUUCGGAUGUAUCCUUGAGAAACUUCUGAGCAUAAUGUACUAGAAAGUUGCUUGCAAUGCCGCAAAUGUGUAUAUAACAGUUUCCUUAGUUUGAAAUGCAUAUUUAUAUCCA